CGGCGCCCCGCACCAAAAUGGCCGCUGCUGUCUGUCGGCGCGGCCGCCGCGAGACGGCAGUUGCUGGGCAUGCUCCCUGAAUGCCCCGCACUGGCAUGGCUGCCGCCUCCACGAGAGUGACUCUAAUUCUCGGCUUCCGGUCGUAGCCGGCCGGCGCUCAUUUCCCUUCUGGAAGCUUAGUGGAGCCGGGGAAAGGUGCGGGGUGAACGCUGAGCGGGAACUGCGAGCAUCCGCGCCGGCUCCUAACGGAGAAGAUGGCUGAGGGCGAGCGGCAGCCGCCGCCAGAUUCUUCAGAGGAGACCCCUCCAACUACUCAGAAUUUUAUCAUUCCAAAAAAGGAGAUCCACACCGUUCCAGAUAUGGGCAAAUGGAAGCGGUCUCAGGCUUAUGCUGACUACAUCGGCUUUAUCCUCACUCUCAAUGAAGGUGUGAAAGGGAAGAAACUGACUUUUGACUACAAAGUCUCUGAGGCCAUUGAGAAGCUGGUGGCUCUUCUUGAUACGCUGGAUAGGUGGAUUGAUGAAACCCCACCGGUGGACCAGCCCUCCCGGUUUGGAAACAAGGCCUACAGGACGUGGUAUGCCAAACUUGAUCAGGAAGCAGAGAACUUGGUGGCCUCAGUGGUCCCCACCCACCUGGCGGCUGCUGUACCUGAAGUGGCAGUUUACUUGAAGGAGGCUGUGGGGAACUCCACACGCAUUGACUAUGGCACAGGGCAUGAGGCUGCCUUUGCUGCUUUCCUCUGUUGUCUCUGCAAGAUCGGGGUGCUCCGGGUGGACGACCAAGUGGCUAUUGUCUUCAAGGUGUUUGAUAGGUACCUUGAGGUUAUGCGGAAGUUGCAGAAGACGUACAGAAUGGAACCUGCAGGCAGCCAGGGUGUGUGGGGUCUGGAUGACUUCCAGUUCCUGCCCUUCAUCUGGGGCAGCUCACAGCUCAUAGACCACCCCCACCUGGAGCCCAGACAUUUUGUGGAUGAGAAGGCGGUGAGUGAGAACCACAAGGACUACAUGUUCCUCCAGUGCAUCCUGUUCAUCACUGAGAUGAAGACCGGCCCCUUUGCAGAACACUCCAACCAGCUGUGGAACAUCAGUGCUGUCCCCUCAUGGUCCAAAGUGAACCAGGGCCUCAUCCGCAUGUAUAAAGCGGAGGUGAGUGGGGUCUGGCCAGCAUGCCUGCCCCCUGCUGUCCCUUAGUCCUGGUGCCUGGAGAAGUUCCCUGUGAUCCAACACUUCAAGUUCGGGAGCCUGCUGCCCAUCCAUCCUGUCACAUCAGGCUAGGAGAGGCUGAGUCACCAGAGCCACCCUGGCCAGUUCUCCUGUGCCCUCUGACCCGGCACCCCUCCCACCCACCUUCUGUUCAUUCUGUUUGAUGAGAGGCUGUUUACUGAGAUGGGUGCUGAACAGGGCCUGAGUUGGAGGAAUUGACCAAAGUGUGGCCAGUCUUUGACUGUUUAUCUGGUGGGCAAGCAAGAAGAGAGGGGCUGGGACCUGGUCCCAGGGCCCCUGCCCACCCCUGUCCUUCCUGCUUCCUUUCUCUCUGCCCAGUCCAGUGUGGAGACAAGGGCACCCUGCUCUUCCCAUUGCUUUCCCUUCCCAUGAUGAGACUCCUCAUUGAGAGAGGGGACACUGCGCCUUCAGGGGCUGGCUGGUCAGCUUCCUGAGCUGUGUUCCGUUGGGUAUCUGCUGUGGGGCUGAAGGGUGAGGCUGUCAGCAACUGUGGGGAGGCUUGGGGUGGGGGAGAUGGUGGGUAGAGGGGCUAUGAAUGAUGAGGAUGGCUUUCUCAAGGUAACCUUCUAGGCCCUGAGUUUACCUGUGCCCAUCCUCAUUCUGGCUUUUGUUCCCUGGCCCUUGGAUUUGCCAGGUGUCAUGACUAUUAGUAACGUCCCCCUUCCUGGGGGUAGCUUAGUUGUGGAAGCUGCUCCAGGCUCCUGGGAAAGCCUGUUGAUUGGGUGAGGCCUCUUUCCAGAACUGUCUCUGUCAGGGAGAGAAUGGUAGAGACUCAGGGAGACUAGGGCUGCUGUGUUUGUGAGAAUCUGGCCUCCUCUAGUCACUCUUAGACCUGACCAGUUCUGCUACCUCCUUCCUGCUUUGAGUGAUCUUGAGCUUCACCUGAGGCCCUUGCUUGCUGCUCUGCUUGCUUGGGUAGGUCUGUGGCUGGCGUGAGAUGGCAGGGGAGGCAGCAGCCCUCUCUUUCUCCCUUUCCCCUUAUGAGAAGAGGCGAGCAGUGCCCUGGAAAUGGACUGCAGAAGCGCUGUGACUGAACUGGUACCUGUAGGCUUCCCUGCCAUACUCACCCUGUUCUGCACUGCCCAUCCUGUGUCUGUGUCCAUAGACCCCUUGGGGAGUGGAUACUGAGGAGCGCAACCCAGGGGCUUGGCCAGGGUUUAGUGGUGAUCUGAACAGAGCUGGGACUCAAGUCAUCAGUGUCACAGGCAGUGUCCCAGGAAAGUUCCAGGGCCAGCCUCCCUUCCAGGGCCAGGCCACCGCCUUCCUGGCUCUCUCCCCUAGUCCUGCGCCUCCCUUGCUGUUUGGAUUAAAGCCUCUGUUUUACACCUGU